CGGUCGCGCACGAUGGAAGCCCCGCGGACCGUCGAGGACGUGUUCGAUAACUUCAACGCGAGGCGGGAGGGUCUCAUCAAAGCCCUGACCACCGAAAACUCGUCGUUUUACGACCAAUGCGACCCGGAUAAGGAGAACCUGUGCCUGUACGGCAACCCCGACGGGACUUGGGAGGUGCAGCUCCCCGCGGAGGAGGUCCCGCCGGAGCUCCCCGAGCCCGCGCUCGGCAUCAACUUCGCCAGGGACGGGAUGCAGCGCAAGGACUGGCUCGCGCUCGUGGCGGUGCACUCGGACGCGUGGUUGAUGGCGGUCGCGUUCUACUACGGCGCGAAGUUCGACGCGAAGGAGAGGGAGAAGCUGUUUAAGAGCAUCAACUCGAUGCCCACGGUGUACGAGGUCCUCUCCGGGAAGGCGUCCGCGGGGAAACCGAAGGCGAACAAGAAGGCCGCGGCGGCGACGGCGCCCGCGAAGAAGGCGCGGAUGGACGACCUCCCGGUCGUCACCGCGGCCGGGCUCCGGAAACCCUCCCCGGGGUUCAUCCUUCCCGCGGACGGGAACUUGAACGCGCUGAACAACGCUCGCAUCGAGCUGUUCUGGCCGGACGACGGGAUGUGGUACAGCGCGGAGGUGGUGUCGCUGAACAACCGCGCGAGGAGCGCGAAGGUGCUGUACGCGACCGGGGACGUGGAGACGCUGUCGAUCGACGAGAUCGCCGCGGAGGGGCACCUCAACGUGUGCGAUCAGUGAGCCCUGAAUCGAUCGAUCGAUGGAGGAGACCGAGACCGACCGUUCCCCACGCGAUGCGACGACCCCGCGGCGCGUUGAACCGUCAGUCACUCCUUAAGGACAGACAGGACCUGACGCGCCCCACCACCUCGCCGGCGUGUUUUAGGCACGCGGCGCCCUCUGUAAUACCACGACGCCAAAAGAACG